AUGAACCCAUCAUCGAGGACACACCCCCAAGACUCGCACGUCGGCCCCAAGUCUACAGGCGGCAAGGCGUCCGACGUCACGACCCCCGCCAACGCAAAUCUGGGCCACGACAAGCCCGGCGUUUUCGACGCCCAGGGCGCGGUCGGCAAGCAAUUCACACCCGAAGGAGCGAUUGGCGGCAUGGCACAAAAGGUCGGCGGGCCCAUGGACAAGGAGGGCAUGAUUGGCAAGCAGUUUACCGAGCAAGGAAGCAUUGGCGGAACGGUGCAGAACAUGAUGGGCGGGACGAGCAAGAAGUCGAAUUAA